UUAGUGACGGAAGUCAUGUGACAUACCGAGGUGCCAGCUACGUGUUGGAGGGGACGAACUGCUUGGUCCGCUGCUGCCCUACAGAAGUUGUAGGGUGAAAAAGGCUGUCGUAAUGAAGAAUACUUCAAGUUAACGUGAGCACAGCUAGACGCUUAUGAAAAGAUGUCCAAGUCUACUCUACUAAAGGUGGUACUACUGGGGGAUGGUGGGGUCGGGAAAAGCUCGCUCAUGAACAGAUUCGUCACUGACAAAUUCGACAGUCAGUCCUUUCACACGAUCGGCGUAGAAUUUCUAAAUAAAGACAUCGUGGUGGAUGGAGAGAGUUUUACGCUCCAGAUAUGGGACACCGCGGGCCAGGAGAGGUUCAAGAGUUUGAGAACGCCGUUCUAUCGUGGCGCGGAUUGCUGCUUGCUUACCUUCGCACUGAAUGAUGUACAGAGCUUCAAGAACCUGGGGAUGUGGAAGAAGGAGUUUCUUUACUACGCGGACGUGCGCGACCCGGACAACUUCCCGUUUGUCGUGCUGGGGAACAAGUGCGACAUGACGGACCGCGAGGUCAGCACGGAACAGGCGGAGGCGUGGUGCGGGGAGAACGGGGACUUGCCGCUGUACGAGACGAGCGCGAAGGACGCUAUCAACGUGGACACGGCGUUCACGGCGGCCGUGCGGCGGCUGGUGAGGCUGGAGGAGAGAGUGGAGGCAGGUUACGGGAACACGGUGGACCUGAACGCACAGGCCAAACAGUCAUCCUGCUGCUGAGUACUGACCUGUAGCCCAGAGAGGAACAGGAAUAGACCAGUUCACAAUCCCACAGACUAGAAAACCUGCUUACAUCACUGGGUAUAAUGACUACAUCAUUUCUGCCAAGAUUCAAAUGGACUUUGCAUUAAAGGGGCACUAAGAAACAUUUUUUGCACCAAAAAUUGACCUAUUUUCAUUGAAAGAAAACCUUCAUGUGAUGUGAUGUGUCAAUGUCAUUUACUUCCACUUCUCAACAUAUUUGUGCAAUUUUCUCCAAUUUCUGGCAUUCACGAUUGACGCUAAAACAGCCCUCACAAGGCGCACUCAUUUUGUGGUACCACCACAAAAUACCAGAAUGUAAACAAACAUGUCAAACUGCUGUGUUUCCAGCUUUUAAAUACUUGUUGAAAUGUUCACUUUUGGCACCUCCAGUUACUGAAUCACACUCAUUUGCAAUGGAGUAUGGUUGAUUCAACUUACAUUCUUACAUGUACUUCAAUUUGUUUGAUUGUUACAUAAUGCUGCUUUAACAUGGAAAACAUUUAAGUCCAUCAAAGACAUUUGGAUGUUGGCAGAAUCGGUGCAAUCAUCCCUCGUGACACAAGCAGCUUUUCUAGUCUACAGAAUUGUGAACUCAUCUAUUAACUGAAGUAGAUGUACAUUCCCCUUUCUAGUCUUACACCAUCCUAUAUGAAGAGGGCACAUGAGGACACUGAACAACAACACUUUAGAAAUCUGUCUAGCUUUACACCCAAUUCUAGUGUCCAAUGGCACGCAUGGUUUUGAUGAAAAAAAGAUCAUAAUAAAAUGAUGUGAUAUACUAUAUGGUUGUACAAUUAUGCUGAAAACAUUUAUGUUCUCAACAAUAAUGUUUUGUUGACAUAGUGCCAAUUUGAGGUACAUGUACCUUUACGUUUUAACCAUUGCCAGGUAGCCAAUGAUGUUUUGCCACACAAUCGUAAUAACUUGCUUGUGCAAGUGGGUAAAAAAUCCAAUUUGAAUCUGGAACCUAUGCCAGAAAUUGACAGCACUUUCAACAAUUUCUUAUCCUGUUCCUCUAUUGUUGGUACAAAUCACCUAUACCAUUUUACAAAACCAAAACAGAUUUCUCAAGACUACUGCAUAUCUGGAAGUGCAUAGUUUCAUAGAUUCAACUGCCAAUAAUAUGCUUGGAGAUUAGUACAUAUGAUACUGUGGUAGCACGUUGGCAGAACGCACUGUGCCUGCACAAAACCCGCAAUUAUGUUUUUCAUAGCACUUUGGCAGGACGUUUCAUUUAAGGUCAUCCAAUGUAUUUGCAUAUUUAGCUUUAAGGAUGACAUCCCGACAUCCUGUAUGUCCAUAGUUUCCAGAUGUUGUGUCAGAAAAUAUAUCAUCUGCAACGGGCAAAAUUCUGAUGCAAAGUUGACAAAACAUCUAACAGAAGCCAUGAAAAAAAAAAUCUGGGUGUCACGUAGGUGCAGUACGUUCUACUGCUGUGUUUGCUAUGGUUAUUAUAUAUUUCAUAAUCAGGGCUCGAAAUUUACAUGCACAGAAAAAUUUUGGCUGCAGAACAUGUAGUACAAGGUGACUAAAACCCAGCUAAAACCUACAUCUAGAUACAUGUACAAACCUUGCUCAAUUUACUGCAAUACAAUAAAGGUUUAACUAUUUUCUGACAAAUGUCAAGAUUAUAUGCUUUAUACUGGUGUAUGAUAGUACUAGCUAAACCCUUAUUUAUAUAAUCCUGCACAAAUAUCUAGGUGAACUGGUGCUCUAACAUUUGAAAAUUAGGCACACAGCUCCAAUUUUGAGCGUACAAAAGUGCAGACAUUGUUUGGACCCAGUAUUUUGAGCCCUGAUAUUGCAUGUUCCUAAAUGGAGACAAAUUUUCAGCUAAAGAGUAGCUUUCUUUGUACAUGUGGUUAGUAAAGAGCAGAGGUGAACAAGUUUGUUAACAAGUUACAAAAUAGUAUGGUUCUAGCAUUAUCUUGGAGUGCAAAAGUCUUGCCCAUUUUAACGCUAUGGAAACAUGAGCUUUUGUUGUUAACAUUACAAAACUCUAGGUACCGGUAUUCUACAUGGAAAUAAUUAUGAUAUGAUAACAAAAUUUGCACAAUGUACCUGUAUUAGUGAUUCCUGUAUUUGUCAGGUUUGGUAGCAAAUUGGCAGAACAUACUGCGCCUGUGCAAAACCCAUAAUAUAUUUUGCAUGUAAUACCUACAUGUAGCAAAACAUCUCAUUUAAGGUCGUAUUUGCCUAUGACAGGGAUGACAUCCUGUCUAGUUUUCAAACGUUGUGUCAGAAAAGAUACCGUUUGCAAUGGGCAAAAUUUUGAUGCAACAUUGACCAAACACCCAAGGACAUCCUGAGUUUGCACAGGUGCAGGACGCUCUGCCGACAUAUUAGGUUUGGUUGGUAUGGUAGUUUUAAACAGCCCAUAUUGCUACCUUUUCUGUCAGAUAGAUUGUUAAGAGUUUUCUGUAAACAUCUCUAGCUAUAGGCUGUGACUGUUCUGUACCACCAUGCAAUAAUAUACACAGGAGAAGCACCAACAGUCUUGCAGUAACAGAAAUCAGAAUCUUUACAUGAAAGGGGAUGGACCAUUCAUAUAAUGAGGCGUAAGAAAAUGCCCCAAAAUGGCAAAACUACAAUUAUUGAUGUGUUGUGUUUUGAAUGUGAGAUCUAUAUAAUAUUAUAUUAACAACAGUGUUUGUAGAUUUUGUUCAAAAACAAAACCUUAUAUGAUGUACAUGUAUACAGUGUAUGUACAAGCACAUUAACAUAUCACCCUCCCCCUCAUAUUAAGAAUGUGACAUUCUCUGUAUUUUUCAAGCAGAACCUGAAGUACUUAAAAAUUGUUCCUAUACAAUUGUACAGUACAUGUAUGAUUAUGAACUUGCCGAACCUUAAGCAUGCUCAGAUCAUGAGGAAAAUUGUAAGAAAUUUAUUUUACAAAGAGUUCACGGUUUUGUUCAGUAGUUUACUGAGAAUGUUUGUAUAAUUGUGUGAAAUUUGAAACUAAUGUCAAGAUAUGAUUAUGACCUGUGAUUGGAAAUGUGGCCUUGAUUGAAACAUUGUACUGAUCGACUACUAGACUAAUUGAUGUGAAAUAUUCUUACUGAAGCUUGUUUUGAAAAUUGUAGCAGACAUUACUUGAAUGUGCUGGUAUUUAUUGGCACAAAAUCUACACACAUAAAUACAAUAAACUAAGUCAUAAAAGACUU